CAGAAACGCUGGUGGAGGACAGAGAGAGGGAGAGAGAGCAGCCUCGUGCCGCCGCGGUUUAACGGGAAUUAAAAACGAGAAGAGUGAAAACACAACAACAGCAACAACAGCAACAACAAACAUGCAUCCGUCGUGGAUGUGGAUGCUGAUGCUGAUGCUGACGAUGGCGGCUCUGCAGUGUGUCCUCAGUGCAGAGGCUGUGCAGUCGUUGUCAGGCAAACGGGAGUCGCCGUCGUGCACAAGAGGGUUUACGCAGGAGGAGUACAUCAUCGAAAUGGACCAAGAGCUGGAAAAGGGACAGGCUGUCUUCAACGUCAGCUUUAUGGACUGCGGUGGUGGUGAGGUGAGGUUCAUGGUCAGAGGCUCGUCGGACUUUAGGGUGAGUGAAGAUGGUGUGGUCUACGCCCAGCGGUGCCUUAACCUGGCAGGAAAGAAAAAAGUUUCCACAGUGGUCUACGCUCAAGACUUGCAGUCCAAGCAGGUGUGGAAGACCCGAGUGCACUUCCACGUCCGUCCACAUGGCAACGGCGCAAAUCCUGAACAGGUAAAGCCCAGUGAUGCAACACUGAUUCGACGGCUACCAGAGAUCUUGUUUCCAUGGCGCAGCGUGGUUGUCGGGGGCGACGGCACAGUGAGGCGGGUGAAGAGGGACUGGGUCAUUCCACCGAUCAACGUCCCUGAGAACUCGCGAGGACAGUUCCCCGAAGACCUCGUCAGAAUCCGCUCAGACCGAGACAAGAGCCGGAUGCUGCGUUACAGCGUGACGGGCCCCGGGGCCGAUCAGCCCCCGACCGGCAUCUUCAUCAUCAACCCGAUCACAGGCCAGCUGUCGGUGACUAAGCCUCUGGACAGAGAGCACAUCUCCAACUUUCACUUGCGAGCUCAUGCUGUGGACCUGAAUGGGAACCAGGUGGAGAAUCCCAUAGACAUCGUGAUUAACGUCAUCGACCAGAACGACAAUCGACCAGAGUUCACACACACCAUCUUCAACGGGUCUGUCCCGGAAGGAUCCAAGCCUGGAUCCUUUGUGAUGACGGUGACAUCGGUAGACAAAGACGAUCCCAAAACGGCCAAUGGCAUGCUGCGGUACAAGAUCCUCUCCCAGAAUCCUCAGAGCCCCUCCUCCAACAUGUUCACCAUCAACAACAAAACCGGUGACAUCAUCACGGUGGCAGCGGGCCUCGAUCGAGAGAAAGUGACUCAGUACACGCUGAUCAUCCAGGCCACAGAUAUGGAGGGAAACCCCACUUAUGGUCUGUCGAACACUGCGACCACUGUCAUCAGGAUCACUGAUGUCAAUGACAACCCUCCGGAGUUCACCACAGACACAUUCUUCGGGGAGAUUCAUGAGAACAGGGUGAAUGUGAUCGUUACUAACCUGACCGUGACCGACAAAGAUCAGCCUCACACUUCAGCCUGGAGCGCCGUGUACCGCAUCAUCGCCGGAGACCCCACUGGGCGCUUCUCCAUUCCCACUGACCCGACGACCAACGAGGGCCUGCUCACUGUGGUCAAGCCGAUAGACUUCGAGCUGACUCGCUCCUUCAUGCUGACGGUGGAGGCGGAGAAUGAGGUCCCGCUGGCCAGAGGCAUCCACCUGCCUCGUCAGUCCUCAGCAACGGUCUCCGUGCGAAUCCUGGACAUCAAUGAGAGUCCAGAGUUCAGCCCAAACCCCAAGUCCAUCAAACUAGAGGAAGGUCUACCUGCCGGGUCUCUGCUCACCACCUUCACCGCGCAAGACCCCGAUCGCUUCAUGAGACAAACUGUCCGGUACUCCAAGUUGUACGACCCUGCCAACUGGUUGGAGAUUGACCCGGUUAACGGUCGGAUUUCCACCAUCGCCAUCCUCGACCGAGAGUCUCCCUAUGUCAAGAACAACCUGUACAACGUCACCUUCAUGGCCUCAGACAGCGGUGUCCCGCCGGCCAGUGGGACAGGCACCCUUCAGAUGUAUCUGCUGGACAUCAAUGACAACGCCCCUCAUGUUUACCCACCUGAGGUGGAAAUGUGUGAGAGGCCGAAUCCCAACGGCAUCAACAUCACAGCCAGUGACGCCGACUUGACCCACAACGCCGGACCCUUCGCCUUCGAGCUCGCCAGUCGCCCAUCAGACAUUCGCCGCAACUGGACGCUCAGUCGCCACAACGGCGAGUAUGCUCAGCUUCGACUGAGGAUCAGCUCCUUGGCCAGUGGGAUCUACGAGAUUCCGAUCACCAUCACAGACUCUGGCAACCUUCCCAUGUCCAACACAUCCUACCUGAGGGUCAAGGUUUGCCAGUGCGAUCACCACGGAGACUGCGUGGACAUGGAACGAUUCAUUGCCACAGGACUUGGCACUGGAGCCAUCAUUGCCAUCCUCAUCUGUAUUAUCAGCCUACUAGUGCUGGUGCUGCUGUUUGUGAUGUGGAUGAAGAGGAGGGACAAGGAGCGUCAGGCCAAGCAGCUCCUCAUCGACCCAGAGGACGACGUCCGGGACAACAUCCUCAAAUAUGACGAGGAGGGAGGUGGAGAGGAAGACCAGGACUAUGAUCUGAGUCAGCUGCAGCAGCCCGAUGCCCUGGAGCCAGAGUGUGUCAAAGUGGGGAUCAGACGUCUGGAUGAGAGGCCCCUCCAUCAUGACCACCAGUACCCAGUCCGCUCUGCUGCACCGCACCCAGGGGACAUCGGAGACUUCAUCCAUGAGGGCCUGAAGGCGGCCGACAACGACCCCACUGCUCCCCCGUACGACUCCCUGCUGGUGUUCGACUAUGAAGGCAGUGGCUCCACCGCCGGUUCCCUCAGUUCCCUGCACUCCGCCUCCAGCUACGGAGACCAGGACUACGACUACCUCGGCGACUGGGGGCCUCGGUUCCGGAAGCUAGCCGACCUGUACGGAGGAGGGGACGAUUAACACGUUCA